UUCACUUUCAUUUCCAUCAAUCUCCCCGAAAAGGAGAGGACAGAGGAAACGGAAAGACAGAGCAAAAUUUCUUCAGUGAUCUUUAUAUUUUCCGUUCCAUAAUCCCCAAAACGUUCUUCUUUAGGCUCGAACAAUCGUAGCUUUUUUCCUUUUUUGGGUUCUUUUGGCGGUUGAAAUUAUCAGAGGCAAAGUUUCAGCUGAGUAAUUGAGAAGAUCAUGGUGGAAGUGAAGAAGGAAAAAGAUGAGUACUAUGAAGAUUUAGCAGAAGAAGAUAUAUCUGCUUCACGUUCUUCAUUUCCUGACAGCAGUUGUGAUACUGCAAUGAGAUCAGCUUCUCUUCAAGGUAGAAUGGUCACUGGUCCAACCAGAUAUUCGAGGAAAGGAGGGUGGUCCGAAGAAGAGGAUAAUCUUUUGACUGAAGCUGUGAAAAAAUGCAAAGCAAGGAAUUGGAAGAAAAUAGCUGAAUUUCUCCCUGGAAGAACAGAUAUCCAGUGCUUGCAUCGCUGGCAGAAGGUCCUGAAUCCUGGAAUUUUUAAAGGACCUUGGACAAAGGAGGAGGAUGAUUGUAUUACUAAGUUAGUUGAAAAGUAUGGUUGUAGGAAAUGGUCUGUCAUUGCAAAGUUCUUAAGAGGCCGCAUAGGCAAGCAAUGCCGAGAAAGGUGGUACAAUCAUUUGGACCCAACCAUAAGAAAAGAUUCAUGGACAGAAGAAGAGGAGGCCAUUCUUGCUUAUUAUCACCAAAUAUAUGGGAACAAGUGGACCACAUUAGCAAAGCUUCUACCUGGAAGGACUGAUAAUGCAAUAAAAAAUCACUGGAACUGUACCUUAAAGAAGAAGUUGGGUUUCUACUCUCCUCAUCGUUAUGCAGUGGACAUCUGCAAUGAUGGAUCUUCUGAUUUUAGCGAUCAGGAAACUACACCAAAAUGCUUAAAGGUCAAAGAAGAGAGACAAGGUCUUGAUGAAACAGUCUCUGUCUAUCCGAAUAUUGAUGUAGAUUAUAGUGUUGACAGAUGUUAUUUAGAUUUGGUUCUUGGAAUUGCUAAUCAAACAGAAACCAAACCAGAAGCAGACUCUGGGAAGUUCGAAAAGUGUUGGUCUGCUGGAGUGCCAAAUGAGCAGAUAACUCCACUUAAGAGAGUGCACUUUGAUGACAAAGUUAAUAGUACUACAGAAGAUUCACUAAUCAGAUCUGUAAGAGGCAAUGCUAAACACGCUAAGAUACAUGAACCUCAAUCAGCCUCAUGCAGAGUAGCUUCUGAGGAUACUCAGGCUCUUCUUCCUUCAACAUCAGUUGGUUCUCCAUUAAGUUCCCUAACUUUUAAGUUUGGUGAAGAUAAUGGACAGGUCGACAAGGAAAGCACCAAUCAGAGAAUGCAUACAGCAUAUGCAAGUGGCUGCUUGUUGCAUAAUGAGCCAUCUCAGCCGAAGGAUUCAACUAGUGCCAUAAUUCCCAUUGUGGACAAUCAAGAUAUGCACAUAAAAAGUUCAUUUUGCUAUUCUGCUCCACCUAAACUCGUGGGAAGUCGCUCUCUCAACAGUGGUAGUCCAGAAUCUAUAUUGAGGAUAUCUGCAAUGACUUUCAAAAACCCUUCUAUCAUAAGGAAGAGAAGUUACAAAAAGGCUUGGAAUGAUAACUUCUCUGAUGCCGCCUGCUCACCUGCAAGGACUUUCACAUGUUUUCAUUGGGAAGAAGUAAAUGGUACUUACUGAUGAAUGCAUAGCAGGUUUUUCUUGAUCUGAAUUUUCCACCGUUGUAUAGUGACCUAUGAAAAGGGGACAUGGUUUACAUGUGUUUAGCUUACGGUGAGCCAUAACUGAUAUACAUUUGUAUUUUCCCAUCCUUUUUACUAUCAGCGGAGUGUUUUGAAAUUCUAUACGAAUUGUUAUAUCCCAAUUUGAAUAAGAAGGUUUGAAGCUUU